AAAAAAGAGUGCUAAAUCAAUUGCUCAAGUAAAUUGCUCUAAAUUGCUUAAGCGUUGGUGUGUCAGCGUGUGGUUAUUUGUGCUUUCGAUUUGGAUUUUUCUUGCUUAUGGUUUGAAUCGGAUGCCAAAAUUGUUGUGGAUGGGGUGUUAUGUGAUAAGACUUGUCCGUCGGCAAUUGCUUCUCUAUGUUUUGACAUUAAUAGGGACUUGAGGCGAUUUUCAUCUCUUAAGUUGACUUGUGUGUGGCUAGUGUAAUCGGGUGGCUCAUGCUUUGGCAGUUUUGUCGCGGCCUGGGCUUGUGUCAGAUCAGUUGUUGUUUUCUCUUCCUCCUUCCGUUGUCCCUUUUGCGGUGGCGGAUGUUGGGUUUUAGUUGGUUGUGGUAGUUUUUGCUUCCUUUGUUGUGGUUGUCUUUGCCUUGGAAAAAAAAAAAAAAAUUAAUAAAUAAAUAAAUUGCUCUAAAUCCCGAAAAUCCAGGAGGGGAAAAAAAGAAAAGAAAUAUCAGAAUAAAAACCUUGCAAUUUUAGACAGAUCUGUUUUGGAUGUACAUUAGUGUCACAUCAACACGAGACUACCAAUUAAGCCAUUGAAUACAUGGUCUUGACCAAUCACCAUAAAUAUAUGUAUGUAUGUAUGCAUGUAUGAUAUAGAAGGAAAAAGGGAAAACUUGGGUGUGUUGUUGUGAUUGGUAGGACCAUGUUGUCUCAGAUUAUUUAAAGAAUUUUCGGUCAUUCAGGGAGGAAGGUGUAUUAGUCUUCACUUUUUAGGUGAUGCAUUUCUUUCUUUUGUUAAAAACUUAAAAUGAAAGGAAUGAGAGAUUUUUUAUAUUUUUUUUUACUAGUAUACCCUCAUUAUAUAGAUUGAUACACAAUAAUUUUGACAGAAAAUAUUGUCAAUUUAUUCCUUCUUUCUUUCCUUGGGUUCACUUCCAAAGGAGUAAAAAUUUGUGGGACAAGAAUGAUGGCCCAUUUUUCUUUUCUCCUCUUUACUUCCCUUGUUGUUUUCUUCCUUUCCACCAUUUUUUAUACCAAACAAUUUACUUUAAAAUUUGUGGGACAAGAAGGAAGAAAAUUUACUCAUCUUUUUUUUUUUUUUUUUUUAAUCUUUCCUUUGCCCUUUCUUACCAAACAAUUUACACCUUUUUUUUUUUUUUGUCAAAAGUGCAAAAAAAUAUUUGAAUUAUCACCAAACGUGAAAAUUAUCCCCCUAAAUUAUCUAGGGUUGUAAAUCGAAUGCUCAAUCUAUUCCAACGUUGCAAAAAUGACCUUCCCGAUCACUGGAUCACAUUUUUCGACGUUGUUCAUUCACGGGUAGGUAUAUUUUUAAAUAAUGUCUAAAUUAUCCUUUUGAAUGACUAUUAUACCUUUGACAAAAGUGCAAAAAACCCUCUGAACCAUCAAGAAUGUGAAAAAUAACCCCUGAACUAUCUCGGGUUGCAAAUCUAAUCAUGAACUAUACAACUUAUUUUUUUUUUUUAUUAUUUCAAAUUAUUAUUAUUAUUAUUAUUAUUAUUAUUAGUACCACUACUAUUAUUAUUAUUAUUAAAACUAUUUUUUAUUUGAUAAUUUAUGUAUUUAUUAUUAUACUACUACUACUAUUAGUUAUUAUUAUUAUUAUUAUUAUUAUUAUUUUUUAAUAAUUUAUGAGCUUGCAAAAAUUAUUUAUAGGUAUAUGGAUCCAUGAAAUAACUAAUCAAUCAAUUUAUUUUUGUUAUUGUUGGGAAGAAAUCCGCACGGCUUGGUACGACACCGUUUGCUGCAAAACUAAGAUGAUUAAGUCAGUGACCAGUGUGGUGCCGGUCGAAGACACUCUGAUGAUCAAGUUAAUAGGGGUUUAGAGAGAAAAUAAAAUCGUUGUUAAGUGGGAGUUUUUCUCAUACUUUCUUUAAUGGCUUGAUGCCUUAUUUAUGGUUAUCGAUUGGAAUUAAGUUGGUUCAAUUGAUGUUAAUGGUUGAGAUUUACUUUAUCAUCCGAUUUCAUUUAUCCUGUAAAUAUAAUGAUAGCAUGUUUGACGAGAAAAAGUGGUAGGUUAUUUUUUUCCCAUCAGUUAUUAUUUUACAUUAUUAUUAUUAUUACUACUACUAGUAUUAUUAUUAUUAUUAGUUAUUAUUCUUUUUAUUGUUAAUUCGCAGGCAUAAAAUGAUUUACAUAUCUUGCAACUAAGCAAUAUAUUUUUGUUAUGACCUAUUUGGUAUUAUGGAUAUUUUACAUUUCUUGAUAUUAUACAAUUUUUAUAUAAAUUAAUAAGUGGGUUUUUUUUUUUUUUUUUUUUUUAAAUAGUAAUUUUGACCCUCUGGACUAGAUUGGACGCUAAAAAAAUGUGGUCCGAUAUCAAGAGGGUUCUUUUUACAAGGUUGACAUAGAUGAGGGUUCUAGUUCAGAGGGUAUUUUUCACUCUAUAGUUCAUAAGUAUUUUUUUCACUUUUGCCCACUGUUUUCAGAACUUGUAUCCUUAUCAAUUUUAAAUUUAAAGUCUGAAUUCGAAUUGAAAUUCAAAUGCGAUAGAAGUUUGGCUGGGAUUUGGCAUUAAAUUCAAUAUCCACUUGGAUCGAUCAUUAUAUCCAUGUGAUCCCAUCCAAAGAAGAAAGAGGAGUCAGACGACUCGUGAGGGAUGAUGGGUUCGUAAUAGGGAAUUGGGGAAAAACGCGUGGGGACGUGAUGACGUACGAAAGCAUUCCCAUCAACAUGAGCAAAGACGUCACAUAUAUAUACAUAUACUGUAUCUAUAUAUCAAUGUCAGGUAGAGAGUAUGGGCUCUGUCACAUAGAGUUGGUGGGGAAACGUUAGGUUACGGGCCAUAUUACCCUAAACAUGCAGAUUCUUCUGCCACCCACCCAUCGAAUCAAUUUUUGGAAAAUGAUAAACAACCUUUUUUGUUAUCCUGGUGUGAAAUCUUCCACAAAAACACGGCAACAGUACUGAAAUUUUAAUCCUGUGAUACAUAUAUAUAUAUAUAUAUUUGUAUUUUUCUGUUUCUAUCGAUGCACUAAAAACCUUCCCCGUUUGAAGAGGAGAUAUUAUAAUUUGUGUAGAAUAUUUGAUAGGAUUUUGUUACCAAUUAAUGUGAAAAAAGUUACACUUAUUUCACAUUAUUAAUUAAAAUUACACAAAAAAAAAUAAUUAUAUGAUUAUCUAUAGAAAGUAAUGAUAAAAAAUUACAUAAACCAAUUGAAAUUAUCCGAAUUUCAUAUUUCAAAUAAGUUGAAAAUAUUUGAAGAGAAAAUUGAAAUUAGGACGUCACCAUACGUGCUUGGGUGUGUCCGCGCACCUUCGGGAAACCGUGACUCUUCCUCUCUCUCACUCUCUGUAUAUAAAGCAGUCUCAACUGCAAGUAGUUCACCAGUCAACAAGCAAACAUUAUGGUUAUGUAAAACAAUAUUGUGUAGUAUGGAUGGGGAAAGAAGGAAGAGAAAGGUGGAGGAUGAAGAAGACGAGGAGGAGAAGAUGGAGAAGUUUUUUGCUCUGAUCAGAAAUAUCCGAGAGGUGCGUUACCGAAUGACCACCGGCGGCGGAGACACCACGAAGAAGGCAGCCGCAGCGGAGGAGAAGAGGGUUGCCGUUUGGAAGCCGGCGUUCAUACCGGAGGAUUUCAUGGAGGAUUUUGGUGAUCUGUCUAAAGGUGGUAAGGCAGCAACCGUAGCAAUGACGGCUGCAGGUCCUUCUAAGAAGAGUGAAGAUGAAAAUAAAGUAGAAGAUAAAGGAGGUGGCGGCGGCGGCGGUGAUGGCGGUGGUGGCAGCGGCUUAGACCUCAACCUUUCUCUCUAAUGUUUUUAAUUAGUUUUGUUACUGACCAUCAUUGAGGCUGUACUGGUCCAUUACAGAUUUAUAAAUUCAAAAUGACUAAUUUCUGAAUUUAAUAUGAAAUAGGGAUCUAUCUCCUUGAUCAU